GGGGGUGUGUGUGCGUGCGUAGGCCUGGGCUGCACGCAGACAGGGAGUACGAGCACACCGAACAAGUGAGGGUUUUUAAGAGCGCGAGGGAUUAAAUAUUUUUCUUUUUCGAAGGAGAUAACGGAAAACCCGACGGAAACAUGGGGUAAAUAAAUACGUUGAAACGUUCAACAACGUGGGACAAUUUGACAGACAGUACGUCUUAUAUCUGCCUACGUAAAAAAAAAAAAUCCUAAUCCACAUGUAGGCCUACUCUACUGCCAGUCUGUCCGUGGGUAGCGUGAACUCAAGCCGCAUAAUCGGUUUCAUAAUGCGGACGUGAGGUACCCUGUAGUAAAACGGAGAAAUACGAGAGGCUAGGAAGACAGCCGAGGUGUUGGCUAUCUCGACAGCAGGCAAAGGCGAAGGCAGGGCCACUCGUGUCUCUUGCCAGGACGAAGAAGACGAGGCGGCUGAUCCACUGGAACCAUAAUGUCAAACCGCAAACACCGGGACAACCAGGAGAUAUGCGCUCGCAAGGUACGGGAGCUCGCUCAGUCGGGAGUAAACAGACACUGCUUCGAGUGCAGCCAGCCCGGGGUGACUUACAUCAACAUCACCGUGGGCUGCUUCGUGUGCACCUCCUGCUCUGGAAUGCUGAGAGGCUUGAACCCUCCCCAUAGAGUCAAGUCCAUCUCCAUGACAACCUUCUCCCAACAGGAAGUGGAAUUCCUCCAAAACCAUGGCAAUGAGGUGGGUAGAAGGACCUGGCUCUGCCUGUUUGACCCAAAGGCGGACGGCUGUUCGGACACCCGGGACUCACACAAGUUCAAGGAGUUCCUCCAGGACAAAUAUGAGAAGAAGAAAUGGCAUUUUUCCAAAAGUAAGGGUCGGAGAGACCUGGAGGGUCCGUGGAGCCCUGGGGUCCAGGCCGUGCCCCCCCCUCACGGUGGUCCGGUCGCAAGCCAGACCACUGCCCAUAGCAUGCUCCCCAACGCCAGACCAGCCAGGUCUCUAGUGUCCCAGGCCCAGCUGCCACCCUGGGAUCGAGCGCCCACCAUCUCGCCCGCCGACAUGCGUGCAGACGCGUUCACGUCCCGCCUCCCCUCGCGCUCCCAGAGCUUCAGAGACCCUCCCCUGAAAGAACCAGGCCUGUGUGGUAUCGAGAGGCAGCGACCCGGCUCCCUGUCUUCUGCCCUGGGGGGCCAAGGCCACGCCCCGUCCUUCCCGGCUCUCCCACGGCCCUCAGCCAGUAGCACUUUCAAAAACCACUUCACCUUAGGCCGCAUGGUGCCGGGGUCCGGGGCCACAGGGGGGCCCUUCAGAGCCUUCCCCAAGUCUCUCAGCGUGGACUUUGGCGGUCUGGGCCACGCCCACCCCCCGCCCGGCGUAUCCCAGGGCGGCCGUGGCCACGCCCACAGCCACGCCCACAACCACAACCACGCCCAGUCCCACAGCCUGUCCCAGCAGCACCCGCCCCAGCUCCCCCCCCAGCAGCAGCAGCAGCCGCCGCCGUCGGGGCCGCCCCCGCCCGGCGACCGCUCGCAGGACAAGUACGCCGCCGUGUCGCAUCUGGACAGCGUGUUCGGCGAGCCCCUGCCCGGCCCCGCCACCGGCCCCGCCCCUGGCCCCGCCCCCGGCUCCGCCCCCUGCCCCGCAGCCGCACCACCUAGUGGCCCGCCGCAGUACAACGCCCUCUUUGGAAACAGGCUCUCGUCCAGCUCUACUCCUGCCAGCUCUCCCGGUGUCGAUGCAGGGCCCGGUUCGCAAACCUUUGCAAAUUUCCCCAACCCGUUCAGCUCCACCACCACGGCCACGGCCACCAGCAGCAGCACCAACAGUCCGGGCUCCCCCCAGCCGCCCACUGCCCUCUCCCCCAGUAACCCCUUCAGCACCUCGGCCUCCGCAGGUGAUUUUGGCGCGUUCGACCCCUCGCCCACCUCAAUGUUCCCGCCUUCGGCCGCCUUCCCGGCCCAAAGUACCCACAAUGCAUUUCCUCACGAUUCAGGAAGCAAUCAGGAAGCUAACGGUUUCGCCUGUUUCCCCCAGGCCGACGCGCAGCCAAAAGUCCCCCGUCCCAUGUCAGUGAACCCGUUCACCGGGAAUGUUUACUCCAGCAGAGGGACAUCGCGGAAUCCUUUCAUCUGAUACUGGAGCCUCUCGCUCACACUCGCCCCUGCUGCUGCCCGCCCCCCCCGCCCCCCCCCCUCCAGAGAGAGGGAGGGAGGGAGGGGAGGAAGGGGGUGCAGAGGAAGGGGGUAUCGGAAGAGUAAACUUGAGGAGCUGUCGCCAUUUCAAAUGCCUCCAAAGUAUUUCCACCCCUUUUUCUACGUCCCUGCAAUCCCCCCUUACCCCCUCCCUAUCACCCCUCCUUUCCCUGUCUGUUAUGCCGCCAUGUGUGUGAGUGACCAUAUGAACAUGCGUUUUUAUUUGUGCAUGUGAUUGUGUGUGUGUGUGUGUGUGUGUGUGUGUGU